CGUUAGUCUAAAACAAGUACGGUCUAGAGCUGCAAGCUGUUGCAACCAGAGCAGAGACACGGUAGCCGCGUGAGCACUAGUGACUACAGAGAUGAUUAAUCUACGUCAUUCUCAUAUAGCAAAAACGUUCAAAAAAGGAGAGAGUCCACUGCACAAAGCAGUGUUGGAAAAGGACAUGAAACGGUUAAAGGAAAUUCUAGAUUCACCUGUAGGUGUGAAAUGGCUAAACAGAAAAGCCAAAGGAGGUUGGACAGCAUUGCAUAUGGCUACAAAGUGUUCCGAUUCUCAGUUCGUGCGGUUGCUUCUUGAGAAAAGGGCAGACAGUUCUAUAACCACUCGACAUGGAAGUUCAGUUCUGCAUUCAGCUGCUUGUGAUGGCACUGCAGAAGUGAUGAAGAUGCUUAUUGAAGCAGUUGAUAUUUCAGUCAAUGUACAGACCAACAGAGGAUGGACUCCUCUUCACUAUGCUGCUCAAAAUCAGAAACUGGAAGUUCUGGACCUUCUUAUCAGUAGCAAUGCUGAUUUGUUUUGUAAAAACUCGGAAGGUUGGUUGGCUUUUCAUAUUGCUUGCAAGGUUGGUCACAAAGGUUGCUGUGAGGCACUUGUUAAAGCAGUAGACAACAAAGAACAGCAACAGCAGAUGGUGGUGUCAAAGACGAAUGCUGGAUGGACGCCUCUGUUUUGUGCUGUGAAUGGGUUUAAAGGAGGACAUCUCGAGAUUGUCCAAUGGCUAAUUGAAGAAUGGAGAGUUCCCGUUGAUGAACCACAAGAUAAAAACAUGUUCACUCCCCUUCACAUUGCCACCAGGUUAGGAUUUGUUUCUAUAGCAGAGUGUCUUGUUGAGCAUGGAGCAAGCAUAAACUCAACAACUGAGGAUGGAUAUACACCACUGCAUUGGGCAGCUUUAUACAACCAAGUUGAAAUGGUUAAUUUUCUUGUCGAGAAAAGGGCAGAACUCAGUGUUCAGAACAGGGACAAGAAUACUCCUAUUCAUCUUGCUAAGAAGAGAGGGUAUGACAGAAUAUAUGACGUGAUUGUCAACGCAGGAGCAGAUAUUUCCAUUAGAAAUAUUGAUGGACUAACUCCUGCCGAACUAACAUCUGACUUUCCUUCUGAGAUUCGCUCUCGGGGUGCUGCAGCUAUUCGUCACUUUAGGGCUGCUCUACGAAAUGGCAAAACUAAGCCACACAGAAUCAAGCUUAUGCUGUUGGGAGAUGCCAGAGUUGGCAAGACCAGCCUGUAUCGCUAUCUCACAGGUCAGACAUUUAUAGAGGAUCUGGCUAGCACAGAAGGAAUCGACACAAAACUAAUUACCACACCAGAUGUUUAUCCUGUUAGCAACAGAGUGUGGAAGGUUAUUGAUGACCCACAAUCAGAUUUUAAUGACAAGAUAGCUCAGGAAACUGUACGACGUGUGAUAUUUGAUGACAGAGUAGAUCCAGUAGAUCGAUCUCAUCCAUUGAUUGAAGAGCUGCCGGGCCAGGAUGACACCCAUGACGUGGGAGUGGAUAGUCAUCUGAUGUGGCCGGAAUCAGCAUCAAAACUUCAAGUUAGUGAAAGUCAUUUGCUUCCACCACACUCUACAACAAAUGUAACAGCAAAUCCCACCGCAGCUCGCUACUUAGGACAAGCCCUUUCUGGUCCAUUGUUUGUUCCACAAAGAAUUGAAGAGCAUAGUGUGUUACACAGUCGUUAUCAAGGAUACCAGCAGCGUAGAACUAAAAUGUCAGGUCAACAAGGUCUUCAUCGUUUUCAUCACUCUUCAACAUCAACUGCCAAAAGGCACAAAAGACAAAGAAAAAGUAAAAGGAAGGCGGAACCAUCACAACAUGAUCUUAGUGAAUUACCGAUGAAAAGUUUUCAGAAACACUGGGAAUCCAGCAAAAGUGGUUUACAGGAAGAAAAAGCUAUCAAGUUUAGUGUUUGGGACUUUGCAGGUCAACAACUUUAUGAACCCAUGCACCACACAUUUCUCACUAGACGAGCAAUUUAUCUCAUUGUGUUGAAUUUGGCCAAACUAACUGACAAGGGUAUUUCCUUAGUUGAUUUGCAACGAAUCUACUUUUGGUUUGCAUCGGUGCAUGCUCACACUCCUCUCACUCCUGAAGCAGUCAGAAUAUUAUUUGUUGGCACUCACAAAAACAGUUGCAGUCCAGAGAGAGUAGACAGUGCAGUAAAACAGCUUUGUGAUACCUUUAAGCAAUCUAAAGAGUUUGCUUGUCAUAUUGAGUAUGUUCAAGUUGAUGACGUUGAUGAGAUCUUGGCUCAAGUAGAGAACUCAUGUGACGACUAUGAAGAUGAGAGUGUUUGCAUUCUUCGUGAUUCUAUUUUGAAAGCAGCCCUAGAUCGAGAUUACAUGAAAGAAGAUAUUCCUUUGAGUUGGCUUCGAUAUGAAGAUGAAAUUUUAUUAUAUCAUCAGCAACCAUUACCUACUCAAGGAGGUGAGAGCGUAGAGUCUCGGUGUUUGUUGACAAUGCAGGAGAUGAAAGCUAUUGCUGUCAAGUGUGGUAUUGGUGAUAUAAAAGAAGGUCCUUUUAAGACGAUGAUCACAUUCUUUCAUGAUGUGGGGCUGGUUUUAUUGCCUUCUGAACUGUUGGGAUUGGAUGAAUCCACAAAGAAGUUGCUUGAAGAUGUUGCUCUUCCCAAUCCACAGUGGCUAGUAGAUUUGAUGACAAUUCUUGUCAAAAUUCCGGUACAAAGUAGACAGCAUCCCUCAUACAGGGCUGACUGGAUCACUCUAAAAAAAGAAGGAGUUCUUACCUACAGACUGAUGCAUCACAUUAUGCAUGAACUGCAUGGAUUCUCAUACAAGGAUGUCAAUACAUUGUGCAUUCUAUUUCAAGCAUUGGGAUUCAUUUGCAAGCUCUUACACAGGCAAGUCCAUACUUCAGGCAAUGCUCAGCACCAAACAGAAGAAGGGAGCAGAGUGACAAUUGAAGACAGUCCGGACAGUCAUAUCGAGUCUAGUCAGGAGGAAGAUGACCAAUGCAGCACAGAAAGGCAUGUUGAGAGGUAUUUAGUACCUUGUCAACUGCCAGAAGAACAUCUUGAGAUUAAUGAACUGCAAACUAAGAACACUUUCAACAAACGAUUCUACUUUGACUUUACUACUUUUCUGCCUCCUUGGCUUUUGCUUCAUCUCAUUGUGCGACUUCUUACUUACAUGCAACAACAACCAGACUUGCAGCACAGUCUGCAGUGUGGUUGGCUUCCUUUGUUAUCAAAAAAGACUUGUCUGAUGGCUCAAAAUUCGCAUACUCGCUUCAUCAUCAAACUGACGGCAAAUCGAAUUGUUGUAUGUCACCAGCUUAGUGAUUCUAAUGCUGAAAAGAAGUUGAUGACAUGGCUGUUUGAUAUGGUUUCUGAGAUUUCCAAACAAAAAUUUAGAAAUAUCAAGUUUAGUUGUGGUCAUCUGUGUCCACAUGUUGAGUGCCUUAAACAUAUUGUAAGCAAAGAAAGUCAUGUUGAUGAAGAACAUGAUUUGCGAGUCUUCUACAAUGAUGAGUUCAAGAGACUAAGAAAACAAGGUCUUUCUGCUGUGAAGUGUUUUGAUGAACUUCGACGCUCUGCUGCUGAUCAAAACGUUGGUGGGAUCAAGAUACCUUUGAUUACAACAAUCAAUUUUGUCUUAUCAACAGCAGAACUUAAAGGUCACGUGGAGGAGAUGUACAGCUACACAGAUGGCAAGGACCAUUCUGAAGAUACUAUAGUUCCUUGCUUGUUCUCUGACCCUGACAUGAUUUCAUCUCCGAGUUCUACCAAUGAAGGUGCAUCUUUGCAAGGUCUUGUUUCUGCUGCAUUGUCUCAGAGCGGUCUGUCUCAACAAGGCACAUCAGCAGUAUCUACUGGCACUGCAGCAGCUGGUGGAAUUACCUCAGCUUUGCAAACUACUGAACCGGAGACAGCAAUAGAGCUGUUGCCAGGAAAUUCUGAAGACUUAGUUUCGGAGAGAGAUAUUAAUCGAUUGGCCAAGCGUCUUACAAAUCUUGGUUCUUUCACUGUGAAAUAUCUGGCUGCUGAACUAGAAGUAGAGAUGGACGAGACAAUCAAGAGCCUGUCAAGUGCCAGAGAGCAGUGUUUUGAGGUACUGAGUAGAUGGCAAGUGAAGGCAGGCAAGGCAGCCACUAUAGGCAAUCUUAGAGAAGCAGUUGAAGAAGCAUUAUAGCUUGCACAAGUAAUUUUGGCUGAAGGUUUCAUAUCUUUACAAUAGCUUGGGCUAGCUUAAUUGACGUAAUAUGGGUAUAUUAUUGUAAUAGGUUUUUUAGCUGUUAUUGCAGGUUUGUAGAAUUUGUAUUGCAUUUUCAGGAUUAUACGUGCUAUGCUGAA